AGUGGUUCAGUUCAGUUUUCAAAGGAGUAUGCUUUGCCAAUGAACAAGGACCCAAUAUUUAAAAUAUUAACAAUCAAUAAUUCAUGAAUAACUCAAAAGCUAUAAUUCUUCACAUCCUUUGUCUCCAUUUCUUUCACUUCACCUCAGUUAUUGUGAAAACAGAAUAAGGCUUGUAAUCUUUAUGUGUGCUUCAAAAAAAUGUAACUGGCUUCUAGGAAGUCAUCAUGAAGAGAAGUGUAUAAUUAUGUAGUGCAUUCAAAUAUUGAUCUAAUCCCAAGAUGCAGAUAAAUCAAUAUCAUUCCCUGCCCUGGCUCUGCUCUUUCUGUUCAUGAAUGACAGAAUAGAAUUCUUUCCCUUAAUACCUGAAACAAUGAAUUUCACUUUAAAUUUUAUUUCACUUGUUUUAGAUUUAGAUAAGUCACUAAAAAUAGAAAUGAACUUCAUAUUUAAAAAGAAAAAAUAUUAUUAAAAUGUAAAGAAGUCAAUAAUAAAUAUUUAGGUUAAAUAAGGUGUGCAAAAAUGUGGUCUUGAAGACAAUCUCAAUAAAAUAAGGAGAAAAAAAUCACACGUAUAUAGAUAGAGGGAGGAAAGGGGAAAGAGAAAAGGUAGGAGGGAGAGGAAGGCAGGAAGGAAGAACAAAAAUGUACACUAGGAUAUUUCAGGAUUAAAUGGAAAGAUUUUUUGUUUGCUGCUGAGUGAAAUUAAGGGUUGUGUGUGCAUAUGUCUCUGAGUUGUUAUAUAACUGAAAGUAUCUGCUGAGACAAACAAGGAAAACUAAUGCUAUAUAUUUGCUAUACACAAAUGGAAGAGGAAGAGCAAAGAUCCUGGAAAAUAUAAAGUAUGAAUUUGAUUGAAAUGAGAAGUGUAUGUCAUUGUGGGAUGGAUUUGAAGGCUAUAUUUAGGCGCUAGUGUUAAACAUAAAGUGAAUCUUUGAAAUGCUAUUAGUAAUAUUAAAUAAUGGCAUCUAGGUGGCGCAGUGGGUAGAAAAUGGGCUUAAAACCAGACUAAAUGAGUUCAAAACCGAUCUCAGACAUUUACUAAAUGUUUGACCGGGCAAGUCAUUUAACACUGUCUCAGUUUUUGUCUGUAAAAAUGAGCUGGAGAAGGAAAUGGCAAAGCAUUCCAGUAUCUUUACCAAGAAAACCUUAAAAUUGGGGUCAGAAAGAAUUCUAAAACCACAAUAUAUUAAAUAAAGGAUUCCUUUAAACUGAUGGGGAAACGAUUUAUAAUUUAUAUUACUUCCCAGUAGCCUACACUAAAUAUAUAAUAACAAUGUAAUGUUCUUUCAUUAUAUACCUGAAAUAUGCUCUCCCCCCCAAAAAAAGUAUUUUAAUGAUAAAAUAAAAAGAUGUUUUUCGAUUAAAAACUACAUCCUUUCCCCAUUGCUAUUUGCUCCAUUUUGGAAGUCACUGAUUGCUUACACUCAUUACCUGAAAAACUGACAGUCUAAAACGAUCAACUCCACCGUCACAAAGUUUGAGGAUUCUCUUGCCUCUGUUCAACGGAAUGGAUCCUCCUGUAGCUAAUCAAAUAUUUGGAAGAGUUACUUCUUGCACUUCAUCAGAUCAGACUCUGAGCGCCGCUGUCGGCCAAUACCGAGAGAGAAAGAAUUGGAGCCAGUUUACAGCAGGGUAAUUUCCUGCAGAGCCAUACAGGAUCACAUCACACAAGAUAUACGGCACUUAUUUUGGCUCUCUGCUCCACCGAUCCUUUCCCAGAUCUCCUGGAUUCACCAAAAACACGGAUUAAAAGCACUGCAUACCUUUCCGGCGGACUCUUAAGAACCAAGGAAGAUAUACAAGGCGGAUUCUUGGGACUGAGCUGUAAUCCUGUCACAGAAAGUAUGGGAAGGAACGCAGUAUCCAGGGAUCACCUACUGAGGUGGCAAGUUCUAUAUCCUUUCUUCGCUUCUUUGUUCUGUUGGGCGCUUUCUGAGCACAUCAGCUACUCUAUUCCUGAGGAAUUGGAGAAAGGGUCUGUAGUGGGGAGUCUCGCUAAGGAUCUGGGGUUGGAUGUACGGGACUUGCCGGCUCGGAAGCUGCGAGUUAAUGGAAAGAAGCAGCAUUUUGCCGUAAGCACUCAGAGCGGGGAAUUACUUGUUAGGGACAGAAUAGACAGGGAACAAUUGUGCGGAAAGAAGCCUGUGUGUGUCCUGACGUUAGAAACUGUAGCUGAAAAUCCCUUAAAUGUUUUUCAUGUAAGCAUGGUCAUACAAGAUAUUAAUGACAACCCACCUCAUUUUCCUCAAAAUAUCAUCAAUUUACAGAUCAAUGAAUUUGCCCCCAAGGGCUCUCGGUUUGGGCUAGAAUCUGCUGUAGAUUCAGAUGUGGGUGUCAAUUCUCUACAAAGUUACCAACUGAGCCCUAAUGAGUAUUUCUCUAUGAUUGUGAAGGAGAGCCCCAAUGGCAGGAAAUAUCCAGAGUUAGUAAUGGAGAAACCUCUAGACCGGGAAAAGCAGAGUUCCCAUCACUUGGUUCUAGUGGCUGUAGAUGGAGGCAACCCAGUUUUAAGCGGCACGGCUCAGAUAAGAAUCAACGUCACUGACGCAAACGAUAAUCCACCAGUCUUCAGCCAGGACUUCUACAAAGUCAGGCUUCGAGAAAAUUUGCCCCCAGGCUCCUCAGUGGUAAGGGUGUUGGCUACCGACAAGGAUGAAGGAAUCAAUGCAGAAAUCACCUAUUUCUUUAAAACCACAGCGGAUAAUGCUCUUAAUAUAUUUCACUUGGAUCAUAAAAGUGGACAGAUAAAAACUCAAGGACAUCUAGACUUUGAAAACACCGAGAGUUAUACAUUGAGCGUAGGAGCAAGAGAUGGGGGUGGUCUGGCUUCUGAAUGCGAAGUUAUACUCGAAAUUCUAGACGAAAAUGACAAUCACCCGGAAGUGACUUUUACUUCUGUGUCCAAUAACAUUGCGGAGGAUGCAGUGUCAGGGACUGUGAUUGCCCUGUUCAAAACCGAAGAUCGGGAUUCUGGAGUCAAUGGGGAGGUCACAUGUCACGUACAGGAAAAUGCACCUUUCAGACUAGAAUCCUCUUCCAGGAACUACUACAAACUGCUGACAGAUGGGCCCCUGGACCGAGAGCAGACACCACAAUAUAACGUUACUGUCACUGCCUCAGACAAGGGAAAGCCUCCUCUGUCCACCAGCAAAACCCUCACCUUGCACAUAGCUGACGUCAAUGACAAUCCCCCAGUUUUCCUCCAGUCUUCAUACGUCGUUUACGUCCCCGAGAAUAACCCAUCUGGAGCCUCCAUCACCAGUGUCUCAGCCUCUGACGCCGACCUGGACGGGAAUGGCCGAGUGUCCUAUUCCAUCGUCAGCAGUGAUCUGGUUCCUCUGCCUCUGUCCUCCUACGUGUCGGUCAAUAGCCACAGCGGAGCCAUCUUUGCUCAGCGUUCUUUCGACUAUGAACAGGUCCGCACCUUCGAGCUGACUCUGCAGGCUUGUGACGCUGGUUCCCCGGCCCUCUGUACCAAUGUUACCCUGCAAGUGUUCAUCUCGGACCUCAAUGACAACGCCCCAAACAUCCUUUAUCCGGCCCUGGGACCUGACAGAUCUGCCCUCUUCGACAUGGUCCCUCGAUCUGCGGAGCCAGGAUACUUGGUCACCAAGGUGGUGGCAGUGGACGCAGACUCGGGACACAACGCCUGGUUGGCUUACCGAGUACUGCAGGCCACGGACCCCGGACUCUUCAGCCUGGGACUGCGCACAGGUGAGAUCAGGACCGCUAGGGCUUUGACUGAGAGAGACGCUGCCCGGCACCGACUUCUGGUUUCUGUGCAAGAUGGAGGCCAGCCCCUCUGUCGGCCACUGUGGCUCUGCACCUAGUCUUUGCAGACAGUCUUCAAGAGGCAAUGCCGGAGAUGAAAGAAGAGCGUUCAGAUACCUCUAAUAUCCAA